AUGUUGGGAGACUUGAUGCAAAGGGUCAAAGGCGUGAAGGUGGCUCCAUUGGAAGAGCAGAAGGAUGACAAGCAGCAGCAGGAUCCUAAGGAGAAAGAGCACCGGGAGUCCGAGGGAUCCAGAAAAAUAGGUCCCUCUCUGACAACGUUUCCUACGGCCAUGAUGGAGUUUACAAGCCUCCAAAGAAGGAAACGGUCUGACCCUGCUAGUUCCAACAGGGCAUCAGGGCCCAGGCAGAACACCAUCUUGGAAGGACCUUAUGGCUUGGGCCGUCUAGUUUUCCCUGCCUUACAGCGUUUGAACAACAUUCGCUUCUUCAUGGUUUUGUACUGUUUCUUGGUGUUGUCUCAAGGAAUUAUGUUUGGUCUUGUGGAUCUGAGUACUGGGCAUCUUGAAAAGAACUAUUAUCUGAGUAAGACAGAAAAAUUAGCAUUGUCCUUCACUUAUGAUAUUUCCUCUUUUGUGGUAGUAAUAUUUGUAGCACACUAUGGAGGUAGAGGAAGCAGGACAAAAUGGAUGGCAUUCUCAUCCUUUAUGAUAGGACUUGGAGCAAUUUCCUAUACUGUUCCAUACCUGACUUCUGAAAUUUCAAAACCACAUGAAAAUGAUGAAGAGAUUUGCCAAGAAACAAGGCUUAAAGAUGCUUGCAGAAGAAACAGAUCAGCAUUCAUAUCAAAAUAUCUCAUUUUCGUCCUUCUCGGGGAGACUUUGCAGGGAGUAGGAGGAAUGCCUAUUUAUAUCCUUGGGACAACCUUCAUUGAUGACAGCGUUCCCACACACUCGUCUGGCAUCUAUCUUGGUCUUGGGGAAGCUUCAGAAAUACUGGGAUAUGGUUUGGGUUAUGCAGCAGGAGCACCACAGCUUAAGGCCUCUACUAAUCAUCUUUCUAAUGUAAAUAAUAACAUGCUACUAUGGCCGGUCUCUUGGUUGAUUACCUUUAUUAUUUCAUCUAUCCUUGCCUGGUGUACAUUUAUACCAUUCUUAUUUUUUCCACAUUCCCUACCAGGUACACACAGCUUAAAAAUUGAGAAAGAUAAGCAACCUCAUCCAUUUGACAAGAAACUUAAAGACAAGGAAUUUGGAUAUUCUCUUAAGGAUUUGUAUUCUGCUUUUUCGAUUCUGGUGCAUAAUCCACUGCUGAUGUUCCAAGCUAUUUGCAAAGCUAUAGAAUCUCUAGCUUUUAUUGGAGCUUCAGAAUUUUUGCCUAAGUAUUUAGAAAAUCAAUUUUUGUUAACACCCUCAAUGGCAACUAUGCUUACAGGAGUUAUUUUAAUUCCUGCAGGUGCAAUUGGCUAUUUUCUGGGAGGUUUAAUUGUUUGCAAAUUAGAGAUGUCUUUUAAAGGGCUAAUGAGAUUUACAUUGGUUACGUCUACUAUAUCACUUAUACUUCUUAUAUUAGUCAUGUUUGUACACUGUGAAACAGAGAAAUUUGCUGGGAUCAAUGAAGAUUAUGAAGGAACAGGCCAGUUGGGAAACUUCACGGCUCCUUGCAAUGAGCACUGCAGUUGUACAAGCUCUGUCUAUUCUUCUGUAUGUGGAAGAGAUGAGGUUGAAUAUUUCUCUCCCUGUUUUGCAGGCUGCAUAGCUUCUAAAGUUAUAAACAACGCAAAGGCAUACUACAAUUGUUCCUGUAUUCAAGAGGGAUUGACUACCUCAGAUGAGGAAGGUGAUUUUGUUGAUGCCCUUCCUGGAAAAUGUAAUACAAAGUGUUAUAAACUACCCUUGUUUUUUGCCUUUUUCUUUUCUUCAAUUACUUUUUCUAGUUUGUCUGGUAUACCAAUUACUUUGACUGUCCUCCGAAGUGUACCUGACAAAUUACGUUCGAUGGCAAUGGGUGUGACCUAUGUGACUUUGAGAUUACUUGGAACAAUCCCUGGACCAUUAAUUUUUAAACUAACAGCAGAUAGUUCUUGUACUUAUUGGGACAUUAAUCCAUGUGGAGUCAAAGGACAUUGUUGGAUCUACAAUAAGUCGAAAAUGGUCUACAUAUUGAUGGGAAUAUGUUUUUUCUGCAAAGUAUGCACAGUCAUAUUCACGACUUGGGCACUUUCCAAAUAUGAUGAUUUGACAAAGGAAAGUGUGGAAAGCCUGUCCAUGCCAGUUGGGAACAUAAAAGCAAGCAAAGGGGGAAAGAAGUAA